UGUAUUUGCGGAAAUACUUCAGUACAGUAUAUGGUCUUGAGCUGAGGGUGCUGCUGCUUUCACUGUCCAUCCCAGGUGCACCUGAAGUUGGUUGAGUGAAUACAAAAAUUUUGCAGAGCUGUAAUCUAGACAAGAUGAAAAAAUGAACAAAAAAACAGAUGAAAGAGACUUUUGGAGGAACUCUUGUCAACUUUAAGAGUGAUUGUUUAACUUGGAGCAGAUGCUCAGAUGUCUCUUGUUUGCCGUUCUCUGGAUUUCACCCCAAACUAAACUUCAGUCAUGGGAAUCUUUCCCUACAUGUCCAAGAUCAUGAGGAAGGGGAAGUUUCUGUUUCUUCUACUGUUGUGCCUUUGCGUUGUAGCAUGGAUAGCAACAUUCUCAAAUGAUGACGCAGUUAAAACUGCCCAGGAGGAAUCAAAUCCACCUGACGACGAUAAGAGUAUCGGGGGCUUUCGUCAGCUGGAGCUGGAGUCAGAGAUGAUGCAGAGCAUCGAGGAGCGUGUAGAGACGCCUGUAGAGGAGCAGUCUCCCAAACAGAGCUGUCCAGAGCAUUCACCCCUACUCCGAGGUUCUUUAAAGCUGUCAUUUGAGCCCUCGCUGACGAUGGAGCAGGUAGAGAGUGAAAACGGGGAGGUCAUGGAGGGUCAAUAUAACCCCCCCGACUGUACGGCCAGACAGAGCGUGGCCAUCCUCAUCCCUCACAGAAACCGAGAGAAGCACCUGCUCUACCUCCUCUACCACCUUCACCCUUUCUUACAGAGACAGCAGCUUCACUACGCCAUCUAUGUCAUUCACCAGGCUGGAGAAGCUACAUUUAACAGGGCAAAGUUAUUAAAUGUUGGCUACCUCGAGGCCCUGAAAGACCAGAGCUGGGACUGUUUCAUCUUCCAUGAUGUUGAUCUGGUUCCUGAGAAUGAUCAUAACUUAUACAUGUGUGGGAAACAGCCUAAGCACUUAGUAGUGGGGAGGAAUUCCACCGGCUACAAACUCAGAUACAAAGGUUACUUUGGGGGGGUUUCGGCAAUGACGACGGAGCAGUUCCACAUGGUGAAUGGCUUCCCAAACUCCUACUGGGGCUGGGGUGGAGAGGACGACGACCUGAGGAAAAGGGUGGAACUUCAGAAAAUGACGAUACUGCGGCCGUCUCCUGAAGUGGCGCGCUACACCAUGGUCUUUCACAAGAGAGACAGCGGCAAUCAAGUCAAUAAAGACAGGAUGCAGCUGUUACGCCGUACUCCCCAGAUGUGGAAGAAGGAUGGUUUGAAUUCCUGUUCCUACAAGGUUCGGUCUAUCGACCGAGCCCCACUCUUCAUCAACAUCACCGUGGACAUCGGCAAGCCUGAGCGUGCUCACUGAGCCAUGAGUUCGGAUGCUCAAGAGACAGCUUGCAUUGAAACACAGCAUUCACCAGUGCCUGCCAGAGCUAAUACGAGGUGUUGUUGCUCCACACCAGGUUGCACUACCGAUCUGACCUGUAAGACAAAAUGGCCAGAAUACUGAUCAA